AUGCAACAAGACCAUUGCAAAAUAAAGAGGACGGGAAAGGAGAAAGGGGAAAGGGGAAAGGGGAUAGGGGAUAGGGGAAAGGGGAAAGGGGAAAGGGGGAAAGGGGAAAGGGGAAAGGGGAAAGGGGAAAGGGGAAAGGGGAAAGGGGAAAGGGGAAAGGGGAAAGGGGAAAGGGGAAAGGGGAAAGGGGAAAGGGGAAAGGGGAAAGGGGAAAGGGGAAAGGGGAAAGGGGAAAGGGGAAAGGGGGAAAGGGGAAAGGGAAAAGGGGAAAGGGGAAAGGGGAAAGGGGAAAGGGGAAAGGGGAAAGGGGAAAGGGGAAAGGGGAAAGGGGAAAGGGGAAAGGGGAAAGGGGAAAGGGGAAAGGGGAAAGGGGAAAGGGGAAAGGGGAAAGGGGAAAGGGGAAAGGGGAAAGGGGAAAGGGGAAAGGGGGAAAGGGGAAAGGGGAAAGGGGAAAGGGGAAAGGGGAAAGGGGAAAGGGGAAAGGGGAAAUGGGAAAGGGGAAAGGGGAAAGGGGAAAGGGGAAAGGGGAAAGGGGAAAGGGGAAAGGGGAAAGGGGAAAGGGGAAAGGGGAAAGGGGAAAGGGGAAAGGGGAAACGGCAAAGAGGAAACGGGAAAGAGGAAAGGGAAAAGGGGAAAAUGGAAAGGGGAAAGGGGAAAGGGGAAAGGGGAAAGGGGAAAGGGGAAAGGGGAAAGGGGAAAGGGGAAAGGGGAAAGGGAAAAGGGGAAAGGGGAAAGGGGAAAGGGGAAAGGGGAAAGGGGAAAGGGGAAAGGGGAAAGGGGAAAGGGGAAAGGGGAAAGGGGAAAGGGGAAAGGGGAAAGGGGAAAGGGGAAAGGGGAAAGGGGAAAGGGGAAAGGGGAAAGGGGAAAGGGGAAAGGGGAAAGGGGAAAGGGGAAAGGGGAAAGGGGAAAGGGGAAAGGGGAAAGGGGAAAGGGGAAAGGGGAAAGGGGAAAGGGGAAAGGGGAAAGGGGAAAGGGGAAAGGGGAAAGGGGAAAGGGGAAAGGGGAAAGGGGAAAGGGGAAAGGGGAAAGGGGAAAGGGGAAAUGGGAAAGGGGAAAGGGGAAAGGGGAAAGGGGAAAGGGGAAAGGGGAAAGGGGAAAGGGGAAAGGGGAAAGGGGACAGGGGAAAGGGGAAAGGGGAAACGGCAAAGAGGAAACGGGAAAGAGGAAAGGGAAAAGGGGAAAAUGGAAAGGGGAAAGGGGAAAGGGGAAAGAAGAAAUGGGAUAGGGGAAAGGGGAAAGGGGAAAGGGGAAAGGGGAAAGGGGAAAGGGGAAAGUAGAAAGGGGAAAGGGGAAAGGGGAAAGGGGAAAGGGGAAAGGGGAAAGGGGAAAGGGGAAAGGGGAAAGGGGAAAGGGGAAAGGGGAAGGGGAAAGGGGAUAUGGGAUAUGGGAUAUGGGAUAUGGGAUAUGGGAUAUGGGAUAGGGGAAAGGGAAAACGGGAAGGGGAAAGGGGAAAGGGGAAAGGGGAAAGGGGAAAGGGGAAAGGGGAAAGGGGAAAGGGGGAAAGGGGAAAGGGGAAAGGGGAAAGGGGAAAGGGGAAAGGGGAAAGGGGAAAGGGGAAAGGGGAAAGGGGAAAGGGGAAAGGGGAAAGGGGAAAGGGGAAAGGGGAAGGGGAAAGGGGAAAGGGGAAAGAAGAAAGGGGAAAGGGGAAAGGGGAAAGGGGAAAGGGGAAAGGGGAAAGGGGAAAGGGGAAAGGGGAAAGGGGAAAGGGGAAAGGGGAAAGGGGAAAGGGGAAAGGGGAAAGGGGAAAGGGGAAAGGGGAAAGGGGAAAGGGGAAAGGGGAAAGGGGAAAGGGGAAAGGGGAAAGGGGAAGGGGGAAAGGGGAAAAGGGAAAAGGGGAAAGGGGAAAGGGGAAAGGGGAAAGGGGAAAGGGGAAAGGGAAAAGGGAAAGGGGAAAGGGGAAAGGGGAAAGGGGAAAGGGGAAAGGGGAAAGGGGAAAGGGGAAAGGGUGAAAGGGGAAAGGGAAAAGGGGAAAGGGGACAGGGGAAAGGGAAAAGGGAAAAGGGGAAAGGGGAAAGGGGAAAGGGGAAAGGGGAAAGGGGAAAGGGGAAAGGGGAAAGGGAAAAGGGGAAAGGGGAAAGGGGAAAGGGGAAAGGGGAAAUGGGAAAGGGGAAAGGGGAAAGGGGAAAGGGGAAAGGGGAAAGGGGACAGGGGAAAGGGGAAAGGGGAAACGGCAAAGAGGAAACGGGAAAGAGGAAAGGGAAAAGGGGAAAGGGGAAAAUGGAAAGGGGAAAGGGGAAAGGGGAUAGGGGAAAGGGGAAAGGGGGAAAGGGGAAAGGAGAAAGGGGAAAGGGGAAAGGGGAAAGGGGAAAGGGGAAAGGGGAAAGGGGAAAGGGGAAAGGGGAAAGGGGAUAUGGGAUAUGGGAUAGGGGAAAGGGGAAAGGGGAAAGGGGAAAGGGGAAAGGGGAAAGGGGAAAGGGAAAACGGGAAGGGGAAAGGGAAAGGGGAAAGGGGAAAGGGGAAAGGGGAAAGGGGAAAGGGGAAAGGGGAAAGGGGAAAGGGGAAAGGGGAAAGGGGAAAGGGGAAAGGGGAAAGGGGAAAGGGGGAAGGGGAAAGGGGAAAGGGGAAAGGGGAAAGGGGAAAGGGGAAAGGGGAAAGGGGAAAGGGGAAAGGGGAAAGGGGAAAGGGGAAAGGGGAAAGGGGAAAGGGGAAAGGGGAAAGGGGAAAGGGGAAAGGGGAAAGGGGAAAGGGGAAGGGGAAAGGGGAAAGGUGAAAGGGGAAAGGGGAAAGAAGAAAGGGGAAAGAAGAAAGGGGAAAGGGGAAGGGGGAAGGGAAAAAGGGGAAAGGGGAAAGGGGAAAGGGGAAAGGGGAAAUGGGAAAGGGGAAAGGGGAAAGGGGAAAGGGGAAAGGGGAAAGGGGAAGGGGGAAGGGGGAAAGGGGAAAUGGUUAAAGGGGAAAGGGGAAAGGGGAAAUGGGAAAGGGGAAAGGGGAAAGGGGAAAGGGGAAAGGGGAAAGGGGAAAGAGGAAAGGGGAAAUGGGAAAGGGGAAAAAGGGGAAAGGGGAAAGGGGAAAGGGGAAAGGGGAAAGGGGAAAGGGGAAAGGGGAAAGGGGAAAGGGGAAAGGGGAAAGGGGAAAGGGGAAAGGGGAAAGGGGAAAGGGGAAAGGGGAAAGGGGAAAGGGGAAAGGGGAAAGGGGAAAGGGGAAAGGGGAAAGGGGAAAGGGGAAAGGGGAAAGGGGAAAGGGGAAAGAGAUGGUGUUUAA